CGCCUUCUCCCCGGUGACACGCGGACAGCAAUCAGCCAAUCACAGCGUCGCUUUUACCGCGUUAAGAAAAGUUUCAUGUUUUCCGCAGCCGGUCUUGGACUUUUGCUAGCAAACAUCACCCGAUUCUUCGCCACUUUGACGAUGCGGCUCGACGGAAGGGCCGCCAUUCCGCUCCGUGUUCGGGUUCGGGGCCGAAAGAGAGGCUAAUCAUCACGACGAGGAAAAGAUGUAUCGAUGGCGUCUGUCCAUCGCGGUGACGCUGGGCCUGCUGUGGUACUUCACCGACUGUGGACGCACACUGGCGCAGUAUUUGCUUUGUUUCUUCUUCUUUUGCUUGUCCACUCCGCUUUUAAUGGCGAACAGCGGCCAGGAGAGCAGCACGCAAACCGAGGACGACCCACUCCAGGACACCGUGGAUGAGCUCCGGUGUCCGGACCCCACUGCCACGGAGUCGGACGGCAGCAAACCCACCGGAGUCUCCCCUGGCUGCCACUAUCCUCACGUCAAACGAUCUUUGCAGCUAGUGUUCCAUCGCGUCUACGCGCGUCUGGUGGUGCCGUGGUACGACGUCCCCGAGCCGUUUGAGCGUCAGCCUCUACACCAGGUGCUCAGCAGGGAAUUCGACACCGUCAUCGACCGCGUGAUCGCACACACGCGAGACUUUGACGUCUGCCAGCUGGUGGUGGGCUCCAUUCGGAUUCUGACGCAGCAUCUGCACAAUGCAAAGCAGUCCGACAGGGAGGUGAUGUUCGGCUGCAGAGUCGAGGAGAUGGCUCUGCUCAGGGAGCUCUCCGAUGCUCUGGUGCGUAACCUUCUGCCUGAGCAUCUCUGGAGCCAAGAACUCAACCGCUGUGCCUUGAAUGAGAUUGUUGCCUUAAAGGGCCUGGGCCUGCUGGUGACAUGGCUGUCUGACCCUGACAACCUCAACCAGCUGGUGGUGAGCCAGCUGGACAGCGUGACACCCAAAGGGUCCAUGGAGGAGCUGUGCGCCUCCGACCUGGAGCAGGUCUCUCUGACCUCGUCGCAGGAGGAGGGCGAGCGUGGUGAAGGGAGCUCGGAGGGAGCGGAGAUUCCUACCGGGAGCAGGAUCAAAGGGAAGAGCAAAGAUAUUGUACUCGGCAACCAGACGCUUUGUAACAAGCUAAAAGCAGGCUGGUCCAAAUUUGUGGACAAGAUGAAGACCAAGAAAGCCAAGAAGAAGAAAAUGAAAAAGCUGGAGCAGGAGCUGGUGUUGAGGCUGAUGGCGGCCCAAGGCGACGCGUCCACCGAGGACGAGGUCAGCAGCAGAGAGGGCUCGGUUCACAGCCAGCACGAGUCGGACCGGGAGGACAGCGAUCUGGAGAACUACCUGACAAGCGUCCAAGAGGAUAUGAUGGAAUUCAAGCUGUCCUAUGAAAUGUGGCGUGUGGGCUGCUGGGCUGUCAGCAUCCCUCAUGCCGAGUGGGAAAAUGAGGAGCUCAUCUUCACGGUUCACCUGGAGGAGAGGGACAGCCCUGAAAAUCUACACUGGGACAUCAAGAAGAAAUACAUGGAAUUCAUCUACUUCCGAAACAGGUGGCAGGACUCCACUAGCUUACCUGCUAUCUUCCAACUCGACGAGAUGGAGGUCAGCGAUGAGGCCAAAGAAAAAGCCAAACUCUCGGUUGAGCACUUCCUCCAGGACUUGGUACGGGACCCUCUGAUUGGACACACUCAGCCCGUAUUCCAGUUCCUCUGUCCUCUGGAGAAGCUGCUGAGUGAGGAGCAACAUUACGGGGGCGUCUGGGGUCUUCUGAGCGGGUUGGCUUACUUCCUGACCCCAGGUCAAGAGGAUGAAGAGAGCUCCAUCCCACCGACAGAAGCUUCAAAAGAAAUGAGCACAACGGAAGGUUCAAAUCCCGGCGCCACCUCAGAGACCGCCUGUGUCCUUCACGGCCUUUCAGUUCCCACGAUCGUCAUCUCGCCAUGCGAGCCUCUGCUGGAACCGCCUGAGGAAGCCGAAGCCGAGAAGGAACCCCAAUCAUCUUUAAACUACGACUCCUCCAGUCCGACUUGUGGGCGGGACAAGUCGGAGGACUCGGACAACCCUUUGACACACUUCAAAAUGAUCAUCAAGGGUCUGACGCGCUCCAAAUCCCAAGAAUCUCUGGCCUCCGUCAAAAACCCCAGUGAGGAGGAUCCGGAUGACACGCCCACCACCUGUGGCCAAAACGGAGACCCUGACGGGGGGAACACGGAGGGGCCGUCAUGGUUGCAUUUCAGCGCCAGGUCAACCAAGAAGGAGAAGGCGUCCAACAAGGAGCCGAGGAGCCAAGGAUCCUGGGAGCAGCUGGAGGCCACCAAAGCCAUCUUUGAUCUGCUGAAGGAAAUCUCAGGAAAUUCCAUUCUCAUCAACAUAUUUGACGCCAUUUUGAAACCCGUCAUGCCCAUCUUAAAAAAGAAAGUCAACUCCUUCCUGAACAAGAUCAACCCGACCGAGGCGGAGACGGCCGCCUACGUCAACACUCUGUGCGACAAAGUAUGGCCUCCGGAUCCCCUCCCCCCGGGGCCCCCCCGCACGGAAGAGGAGAAAAAGGAGAGCCGGGAGCGAGCGCACCACCUCGUCAGUGCUCGAUACUCUCACUACCUUGUCCUCAAGAAGACUGACAUGGAGAACGUGUUGAACCUUUUCCAGGACGCUGGCAAAAACAAAGCACUGGUUUAUAUGCUUUUGUCAUUCCUCUUCCGGGAAUUUUUCCCUCAAGACCAUUCCCUCAGCCUGAGCACUGCUGUCCUGCAGAAAGUGACCAACCUCACCACUUGACCUGUGAAUGUAUUUUUAAUGGUGCUUUUUAAUCCCGGUGUUUUUUUUUAAAGAAUGUCCACGUAUUUAUGAAAGGCCUUCAACGCUGUACAUCCUGAAUGAAAACUGUGCCAGUCGCUUGCUGACAUUUGACCUCAAGGUAAAGACGAUGCCACUUUGUCACCAGAUUUAAUUGAAAAAUGUCUUGGAUUGUGUUGGAUUCACGUUGUGACACACGGUGAAACUCCGAGACGACGACAUGAAGCUACAAGUAGAUUUCCUUUCUUUCACGCCUUCAUUUGAAGCAAUGUCACUUUGCGCACGUCGCCAUCGCUUUGACUUUUCUAUCCUGAUUGACAGGACCUAUUUACACCACGGAUCAUCUCCUCCUUUAAUAAUCGCAUCAGACGUGACCGCCGCAGAAAACUUGAACAUUGUCAGCUGUGAAAUGUAUUUUCUAUGUACGGUAUAGCUACCUGUUUUAAUAAAAGACUUGACACUUUCACUUGGAGGUGGAUGCUC